GUUGUUCUACAGAAACGGUAUUCAGCAUUCAAGGGAAGGAAACUGAUGUAUCUGAACUGCAACACGGUGGACCCGCAGCCAGGGCCAGGGUCAGGCUAGUGACAGGAUCCAGUGCACACGAAGACAUGAUGAUUUCGCAUCGGAACUCAUCUGAAAAUUACCAAAUUUCUGACCACACUACACUUUUACGUUGUCUACCGUCAAAGAUCAUUGGUACACACACAUUAAUAGCUAGGUCUAUUACGUUAAUAAACACAGAUGUAGAAAAAGUUAAGUUGACUUUUUUGCAUGACUGUACAGCCUAGGCAAAUAAUGUGUGGUAUACUAAUGGCAAUAUCACUUUAGUGUAAGCAUUGCUGUGUAACAUUUAUUUUUACACAAAACUGAUGUCAUCACAAGUAGUCAUAUCGUCACUCAUGAAUCUCACAAAAGACAAUAUUUAUACAUUGUUUAGUAUCUUAGUGCAACACCACAUAUUUCAAAUUCAGGUUAUCCAUUCGCUCAUAAAAACAAAAUGAUUUGAUCAUUCUCAAAUGCGUAGCAGGACGAUGUAAUUGCUUAUAAAGGUGGAGGAAAACGUUAAGGAUAUUGGCCACUUUAAAUAAAAUUGUUCCGUAAAUAGAAGUAAUUAACGCCAUCUAUGAUGAGACUCAGUCAAGUGGUUCUACUUGAAAACAACACCAGACACUUGAACAAACAUUGCUGUUUACCUACCUGACGUAAAAUACGUACCUACUGCACGAUAACGCAAUAUUACGUUGAUAUUUUUUACAAGUUCACGAAAAUGUAUGCUGGCUUUCCAAUUCGAUAAAGCCGCUAUCUUGACGUCACAAAUAUUGAUGAUGAAGUUUAUAUAAAAAAUCAUCAUGCGUAUUCAAUUUUGCCCAGUUUACCCAACUUCAUAAAAUAAAGGUGGGGUAAGCAAAGGCAAUUAUUUUAUUUCAUUAUUGCACGUUCAUCCAUGCAUCUUGUGACAACCCUAAUUUGAAAUGUGUGUGUUUGUGUGUCUGUAUGUUGUUAUUAUUUUAGUUUUUAAUUAAGACUAAUAAUAUAAGUUACGGUAAAAAGUCCAAUAAUGUUGUGCGGUAUUGUGAAUCAUUUACUGAUAUCAUCGGUGGUUGCCAGAUGUCAUUUGAUUAGAGUAUGCUUUAGUCGCGCUUAUCAUGCCUAAAUGUAUGUAAUACUGUGAGAACUUUCCUAUUCAGUCACUCAGCAGACUUUUAUGGAAAGAAAAUCAUUUAAAGGCGUGUGCACACCUCUCUUUUUAAUUAAACGCUCUCUUUGACGCUCGCGCUUUUACAGAGCAGUUUGUUUUCGCUUAUAAACUCGCGUCAACGUUUAAAUCUUUGGUGUGCACAGGCCAAUUGCAAUUGCAAAACAAGUUUAAUUAUUUUUCCAUUAUAACUUGUUUCUAAACUGAUGAUUGAAAUCAGUCUGAAAUGCUUUGUCUUGCAACAUUUAAAUACUCAGCUUGGUGUAGGUUUUUAAUUCAACUUUAGUCAUAAUGUAUAGAUUAUACAAAGUUAUCAGCAAUAUUUUUGGACUUUUUAUCAACCAUAUCUGCACGUAUUUUAGAGUGUACCUACGUGUGUAGAUUAUACUGUUGCAUGUAGAUAUGAAAUUGGCAAUUAAAAAAAUAUGAACACAAAACAAAUUGGACUCUAAAACAUUGAUAACAGAAAAGAGUUUUGAAAAAAGAGAGAAAUAUACAGAGAGGUAUGAAAAAAAAAAACUAUUUACAUGCAAAAAAAUAUAGUAGACCUGGAAAAGAAAUUGUAAAAGGCUUAAUAAAAAAAUUGACACCGUUAACCGAAACAGACAUCAAGGACUACAGCAGUUUCCAAGUAAUAAAAAAAGUUGAAUGGAAAUUACUAAAAGAACAAAACAUUUCAAACAGAAAAAAAGAACACAAGACUUGAAUAAAAAAAAAAAAAAGGUUUUACAACAAAAAAACAUGGCCGCCAUUGGCGCCUUUACAGCGAAAGGAAGCAUCAGGUCCACGGCAGUAGUCGAUCGUACGUUGAACAGUAUGUGUGUUGUAGAUAUUGCGCGCGAUACGAGCGACACGGAGGCGGCGACGGAUGCGACAGACGCGAGCGACGUGGAGUACGAGCCGGUUACGGAGCCCGAAGACGACGGCCCCCUAGCGGACGACGAUACUUCCGCGAAUAGCGACAACGACAUAAUAGCGACGAAGGUAAUAGAAGUGUCGGUGGGCGACGAUGGCGAGCUUCAGUUCGCGGACUCGGAGCGCACGGACUCGCACGACAGCGACAGCGAGAUGGAUCUAUACGACUACUGGCAUUGUGCGCAGUGUCGGGCGGAGAACAACAACCCGUUGUACAGAUACUGUCAUAAGUGUUUCCAGGUACGAAAAAACUUCUUCCCGCCGCGACCGCGCCGCAAGCGUCGAGCGAGCCCGAAGGACGACAUCCCGCGCACUCUGUCGCAGGACUCCGGAGUGGACUCGCCCAUGAGCCAGGACGUGCUCACCAGCCAGGAGGUGGACGUGCCCGCCAGCCAGGACUUGCUCGCCAGCCAGGACUUGCUCGCCAGCCAGGACCUGCUCGCCAGCCAGGACCUGCUCGCCAGCCAGGACAUGCUCGCCAGCCAAGACUUGCUCGCCAGCCAGGACUUGCUGACCAGCCAGGACGUGGAGGUCCCCGCCAGCCAGGAUGCAGUCCAGUGCGGUGAGGGCACAUCCUCUACUCUCCCCUCCUCCGCGCUCAGUAGGUUCCGCAAGCGCCGCGCCGACUCCGCCGACCGUAGGACCAAACGCAAGCGUCUCUCGCGAACCGACUCCGACUCAGACCUAGACUCCGAUGACGAUAUCAAAACCAAAAUCAACAUUCGACCGCUCGUUAAAACCGUCAGCGACCCCGCGAUCACCAUCGAAGAUGCCCCCGUUAAAAUCACUAAAAAGGUUAUAGCUAAAUCUCUGGUAGAAAAGAUGGAAGAUAAGGACUUGUGUGUGAUCUGCAUCUCGGAGCCGAAGUCCGGCGUGUUCGUGCACGGCCGGAUCGCGCACAUCUGCUGCUGUUACAAGUGCGCUGUCAAAGUGUGGGUCAAGGCCAAGAGAUGUCCUGUCUGUAAUUGUAAAGUUAGCAAUGUUCUGAAAGCGGUUGUUAUGUGAGGAGAGUGAGAGUGCUAGUAAUGGACGACCCUUCUUACUGCUACUAAACUACACUCCCGAGCAAAAAUAUGGAAUCGCCCCCUUGCGCUAUACAAUUACAACGAUUUCCAAUGAUACAAUAUUUACAGUUAAAUGUUUAUGGUCUCGUUUGGAAGCCUAUACUUUUAGCUUUAAAUUAAGGGUAGAAACAACAAAAUCAUUUCCGUAUUUCAGGAGCUAAACAUCUUUAUUUAAGACAGCAACGAAAAUCGGGCGAAAAAUAAAAUUGAGCUUAGCUGAAAAAUUGAACAUUUCAAACAAAAUCAAGCAUAGGUUAUUGUUUCAGUAUUUUGUAUUUCCUCCUCUAACCCUUAUUACUACUUUUUACGGUUUCUCAUGGACCUGAUGAGUUUUUAACUGCUUCUUGCCCUUAAUUUAAAGCUAUAGGCUUUCAAACGAGACCAUAAACAUUUAACUGCAAAUAUUGUAUCAUUGGCAAUCGUUCUACUUAUUUGUAUAGCGCAAGGGGUGAUUCCAUUUUUUUGCUUGCCAGUGUAUAUUAUUUUUUGUUCAUAAUGAGAGUAAUUUGCUCCGCCUUUAAAGUUUUAUUUUUGAAAUAUUUAUUUUGUUCCUAAUACCAAUUUUUAAUUGUACCACAAACCACCCCUUAGGCUCAUACCAUACAUAUAAAAUACAAAAUUGGUAUAGAUAGAGUCUUCAAAUUAUAAUUGUUAAACAAAUUAAAAUACUGAAAGAAAGAGGUUUAAAAAUGUUUAUUGAAUAAUAUUUCCACAUCGUCCACAAAGGGAGGUUAGAUAUCGGAGUCAUAAGGCCGGGAAUUAGACAUUAAGUUGAUUAGAGUGAAUGAAGAACGAAUGGUGAAGUGUUCAACAAGAGAGAGUGGAAUAAAUACUUGUGAAUGUGUGCAUGACGGCAGUUGGUGACCACACUUCAUUGCACAUACCUCCAUGGUCAAACUGUCCAAAAUCGUGCACAAUCUUACCCUUUUCGUUGUUUCAUAUAAUUACUAUUUUGCCAAAAAUUUAAAGUCAAAUGUCGUUUGAGAAUGUUACUAAAGUUAAACAUAUAAUACAUAUCAAAGGCUCGAGAGAUGAUAACAAAAUUAAAAUGUUUGAUUAAUAGUGUUAAACAUUAUAUUCCAUUUGAAUACUUAAUAAAGCCAAAUUAUAGUCUUCCUAUUGUGUGUCCCACUGUCGCAUGUGCAAAGAUCGAAUGGCUUGACUGAAUGAUAAAAUAUUUAAUUUACACGAACUCGACGCCAAUUACUCAUAAGUUUUUCUUAUAAGUUAGAGAUUCCUUUAAUUGGAAUAAUAAGCGUUUAUAUUUACGGUAUAUUAUUUCCAAUACUUGUAUAGUUCAUUUUUUUGUUGUUUUGUAGUUUAAGAACUUUUUUCCACAAAUAAUAAUAACCUUUAAAGGAAUCUCAAUCUUAUAAAUCGUUUCGACCUUUAGAUGCCCUUAAAUCUUUGUGAUAACAAUCUGAUAAAGUAGGUUCUUAAGUAGAAAGUAGAUUAAACAAUCACGGCAAAGUAAUUUUUAAUUAAUAUUUUAAUAUGUUGCGUACACCGGGAGUAAACUGCCGCGAAACAUACGUUUCAAAAAGUCCAAUAGUAAUGUACGAAAAGAGUUGGACUUAAAUAGUAAAUGUUUUUUUUUCAUCCGUUAAUGUCGCUUAGUUUCCGUGUUUGCGUGCACUUGUUAAAUGCAUUCAUAUUAAAACCUUUUUUAUUAAAAUACUAGGCCGCGACAUCCUCCUGUUAUGUAAAUAAUAUUUUGUAAAUAGCUAGAGACGUCGACCACCGAAAGAGAAUAAUAUAUUUCAUUUAUAGUGUUAGGAUUCUUCUAAAAAAAUUGUAAUGGCUAUUUUGUAUUAAUACCAAAAAUUUUGAACAUUUUCGAUUAAUGAUUUAAAAGUUAUAUUUAGGUAUUGUUGCUAAAAUAUUUUUCAAACACUUCAUGUUUUUAGAAAACGGUGAAAAAUGUUCGAGAAGUAAAAUUCAUCUAAAUUGGAGUGUUCCGUUAAAACGUAGAGUAAUAAAAUAAUUUGAGCGUGGUCUUGCGUAUACAUUUAAUGAUAUUCCGUCAGAAUAAUAUUUGUUACAACUCUGACUAGUUACUUGUAAAAUAUUGAAUAGAAUCCAUAAAAAAACUUACUUUUUAUUGGGGGAAGGAAAAUGCGACAAUUAGUUACCAUAUUGAACUGUUUGUCCUUUUACAUAAUACAAUUGUAUCCUUAAAACACUCGGUUUGAUGAAAACGUCGGUAUAUACUAGUUAUGGGUGUUAAUUUCAACCCGAAUGGUUAAAACCCGUACAAAGGUCUACGUCGGAAUUAUUAUAAAGCUUAUCGCCGCCUCUCCCUUUAUAUUUAGUGAUAUUAAGAUGUAUAUAUUCAAACAUUUUGCACUAUUGUUUAUAUAAACCUGUAGAAAGGCUACAAUUUACGCCGAUCUACAAGGUUUAUUCUAUUUUUAAGAUGCCACGUUUCACUUAACUUUAGUUAAUAUUGAAAUUUUUAUUGCUGUAAUUAUAAGAUUGAUCUUUUUAAAUCUAACCCACCACCUUUCCUACCGUGCAGAGGAUAUAAUCUUGUUACACAAUUAAAGAAUUUAUUUCAAAAGUA